UGUCACGUGGUUAAAGUCUGCGCUAUCUAGUGGAAAACAACCUCUGAGCUGCAAGGGAAAAAACUGGGAGAAAAACUACUGGAGAAAACAAGCUAAUUUAGCAGGGGCAAAGGUGAUUCCUGGAUGUAUGUAUGAUCUGUAUGUCCAGACAAGGUUUGCACUCUGACCUGCAAGCCAAUGUAAGUCGUGCUGAGUGACUGCGUGUGAAAGAGGUAUUCCAACACAGGCUCAUCUCUUUCCCCAUGACCUCUGGAGGAGGUCCCUGCGGCCGCACUGAGCGUGUCCGUCAUGAACCCCAUUACGACCAGGUCCCGCCAGGCUCCCUAUGCCGAAACGACCCCUUUGACCUUCAACCCCUGAGGUACCAGCGGAGCACCGAACUAGCCCUGAGCUCUGAUCCCCUUCCGCCCCCUCCCCUGCCCGACCAGCCCCCUGUGGGGCCCGAGUAUGACCCCAGCGUCAGUGAGGACAACCCAGACCCUGACCCAGAUCCACACCUCGAACUAGACCCUGCCCUCGACAUCAAACCGGUCCACCGUUUCAUCCCUGACUCGUGGAAGAGCUUCUUCCGAGGGACCAGUCUCCGCAGCAGCAAGCCCUGCCCCAUGCCUGCCUCCUCCUCCUCCUCUAACAACAACAACAGCACCAGUAGCGGGGUGCGCUGCUCGCCCCCACACUCGCCCUCCCUGCCCAGAUCCUACCGGGACCCCUAUGGGGGGUCAGGGGGAAGCAGCUACAACUCCCGCAAGGAGCUCCUGGGAGUGGGCGACCACCAAGAGUCAAUUUCGGGACGCACACUCCACACGGCGCUCACCUACAGCGAGCGGGUGGAAGAGUACCACGAGCGCUACGGCUACAUGAAGUCCUGGGCAGGCCUGCUGAGGAUUCUGGGAUGCGUGGAGCUGCUGCUGGGUGCAGCGGUGUUCGCCUGCGUGUGCGCCUAUGUGCACAAGGACAACGAGUGGUUCAACAUGUUUGGCUACUCCUCGCCUGGAAGUGCAUAUGGAGGCUACGGAGGGGGGAUGUACGGAGCGGGCACCGGAGGGUCCUACUACUCGGGUCCUCAGACUCCGUUUGUGUUAGUUGUGGCGGGGCUGGCCUGGAUAGUGACUGUGAUAUUGUUGGUGAUCGGGAUGACUAUGUACUACCGCACCAUCCUACUGGAUUCCUCCUGGUGGCCACUAACAGAGUUUACUAUAAACCUUGCCAUGGCCGUGCUCUACAUGGCUGCAGCUGUAGUCUACGUCAGAGACACCACGCGGGGCGGUCUCUGCUCCCUUCCCAUCUUCAACAAUGGCAUCAAUGGGGCUUUUUGCCGCACCGAGGCCGGACAGACAGCCGCCAUCAUCUUUCUGUUCGUCACCAUGGUGAUCUACCUGAUCGGGGCCAUUGUGUGUCUGAAGUUGUGGAGGCACGAGCAGGCACGCAUGUACCGGGAAAAGUACGGCCUGGAGAUGCAUACGACAGAUUUCCCUGCGGCGAGGUCUUUGAUGCCGGUUCCAGAGCCAAUUCAGGGUUCUACUGUGGUUCCCAUCCAGGCUGCGGUACCCAAGGCAGGGCCACCGAAGGUUCUACAGGGAGCUAUCCCUUCUGGUCACAUCCCCAAACCAGUCAUCAUGCCUGACUAUAUAGCUAAGUACCCAACCAUCCGUACGGUCGAUGAGCGGGACCAGUACCGGGCUGUGUUCAAUGACCAGUACUCUGAGUACAAGGAGCUCCACGCUGACGUGCAGGCCACCACCAGGAAGUUUGACGAGCUGGACGCCAUGAUGCGUGCCCUACCCCAGCACCCCAACAGUCAGAUGGAGUAUGACCGUGUAAACAAAAUCCUUCAGGAGUACCAGAGGAAGAAAAAUGAUCCUACGUUCCAGGAGAAGAGGGAGCGCUGUGAAUACCUGAAGAACAAACUGGCCCACAUUAAACAGAAGAUCCACGAGUACGACAAGGUCAUGGAGUGGAACGAUGGCUACGGCUAAACCAGCAUGGCCUAUCUGUCUGGGGAGACCACUGGGAAUCAGUAGGAGACCAGUUAAAACUAGUAGGGACCAGUUUAAAAUAAUGGAAAACAUAUGGGGACCAGUGCAAACAGAUGGGAGCCAUUUUUAGUUUAAAUUUGAUUGAAUGAAUUGAAUGAAACCGGUUCAGACUGGUUGGAACGGUGGUUUAAAAUGGUGUCCUUUUCCUUUCAGAGACUGCACUUCUUUUUGAACCGGAACAAGCUGGUUACACACCUGUACAUUUUCUUAAUUAAACCACAAAAGAAACUGGAGUGUGUGUGUGCGCAUGAUGGAGAAUUGACCAAAGGGGCAUCUGGAGCAAUGCUUGACUUUUUUACUGAAAAUGACCUUGAUAUGCAAACAAAGACAAGUAUGGUACUGUAACUGGACAUACCACUGUAUAUAAGGCCUUCUAAUCCAUUUCACUAUACUCACGCAACACCAGCUGCUCAAGUGUUUCACAAAGGGAGAACAGGAUUAGCCUAUAAUCCUUCAAACGAAUGAUGGAUCAUGGAAAUUGUUGCAUGCGUUUACACAUUACAUGCUUUUAUCAAUCACGUUUUUAUACUCCCUCCAUUCCUUGACUCCUAGCUCACUGAAUCAUCGGAACACUAGAGUAAUGUGAUUGUCAUGUUGCAAUCCAUUUUUGUUUUUACUCAAUCACUGUGCAAACUUUACAACCACUGUUCAACCACUAUCCAAAGUUAACUUAUGAGGUAACCUUGAUACUAUGGCUCACUUUGGGUAUGGUUUACUACCUGAACUCUUCAACUGCUGUAUCUCAAGACUGUCUGUGUUAUACACUGACCAUCUGGAGGAUUUGUGAAUUUCCAAAUCAUCAUAUUGUGAGAAUCAGGUAACAUACAGGUGUCCCUCCUGAGUGAUGAUUGUGCUUUUUGGAAAGUUUUUAUGAUCACACACAAUUUCUGAUAUAUUUAAUGACCACACUAAUUUCUGUGUAGUUUUAGUACCAUGUUCUACCGUUUCAUUAAACAACACUACUUAUUUCCUCCACUUGUGUUAGACUAGCAGUUUGUAGUAGUGAAUAACCUUUGCAUGUGCCUUGGUGUGUUAAUGUAAAUAAAUGUCUGUUAUAUUUA